GGUGUUUCAGGGACAAAAAACCAGAAGGUAAAUGAACAUAACCUCACAUCUGGGCUAUUUAAAUUAAUCAACACUGGGCUAGAAACGACUAGAGUGUCACACUAACGUUCCCUGUCCCUCCCAAUUUACCACAAACACUCAGUAUAUCAAAUAAUAGUUGUGUGUAGUUCACAAAUCAUUAUCUCGAGUAGUUUAAACUCGCGCAUGGUAGCUCAAACGUCAUCCUCACUUCUACCAAAAUUUACAAUUUUUUGAAUAAUGGGUUACAAUUUUCAAUCGGAAAGUGAAGUGAAAGAGUUUAUCAAAAAUUUAGGCAUAGAAUACCGGUUCGGCUGCUACAGCGAGAAAAAAGCCGAAGUGUGUCAUUUAUUGGCCGAUUAUCUUGAAUCCAUCGAUAAAAACUACGAAAAGGCCGGGAUUGUGUACAAAACGACAUGUGAUGAUUAUAAAUAUGCGAAAAGUUGCUCCAAAUACGCCACUUAUGCAUUGCUUGGAAAAGGGGCGAAAAAAUCCGAUUUUAAAGCGGCUUAUAACUAUUUCGACAAAGGGUGCGAAUUGGGGGACCCCACAUCGUGCUUCCAUCAGGGCUUGCUCCUAAUUACCCGCAACGAGGAACAGGGGAUUGCCCAAAACCCCAUCAAAGGGAUGUCGCUACUGGAAAAGUCGUGUAAUGCGGAACACAGCAAUGCAUGUUACUACUUAUCAGGGAUGUACAUAGCGGGGGUCCGGAAGUCACCCAAGAAAGACUCACCAAGUGAUAAAAUCGAAUAUACGGUCCCCAAAGACAUGAAACAAGCAUUUAAAUUCGCUUUAAAAGGCUGCGAGUUGGGGAACAUGUACAGUUGUGCCAACCUGAGCCAGAUGUAUGCGAAGGGAGACGGAGUUGAGAAAAACCCCGAAUUGGCAGCGAAGUACCGCAAAAUGGCAACGGAAAUGCAGGAGGAUAUUCAAGGGGGCAAAACUUUGUCGUUUCAAGAGGGGCUCACGUGAACUAGUCGCGAAAUAAAUUUUGUUAGUUA